ACUCUCGUCCCCCUUUCUAACGCUUUCCUCCUCCGCCUGAUCCUCUCCUCCCAUGGCCUCCACCGCCACCAUCAACGGCACAACCACCGCCGCCGACCCAAUUUCCCGCAUACCCAAGAAAUCAAAACUCCCUUCCACUCCUCAUCAAUUCAUCACCCUCGCUGAGAUUGUCUCCGAGUUCUCUCAUCACCACCCCUCCGUCGCCCGCAUCAACAACGGCAGCUUCGGUUCCUGCCCCGCCUCCGUCCUUGCCGCCCAGAAAGAAAUCCAGCUCCAGUGGCUUAGCCAGCCCGAUGACUUCUAUUUCAACCACCUCCAGACGGGCUUCCUCCGCUCACGAACCAUCGUCAAACAGCUCAUCAAUGCCGACCACGUCGACGAGGUCUCUAUUGUAGAUAACGCCACCACUGCUGCUGCUAUCGUUCUGCAGCAGGUGGCGUGGGGGUUCGCGGAAGGGAGGUUUCAGAAAGGGGAUGCUGCCGUCAUGCUUCACUAUGCUUAUGGGGCGGUGAAGAAGUCGAUGCAGGCCUACGUCACGCGAGCAGGUGGGCAUGUGAUUGAGGUUCCCUUGCCUUUUCCUGUUACUUGUGUUGAUGAGAUAGUUCAGGAGUUCAGGAGGGCUCUGCAGAGGGGGAAAAUGGGUGGUAGGAGAGUUAGGUUUGCAGUGAUUGAUCAUGUAACUUCUAUGCCUAGUGUGGUGAUUCCUGUUAAGGAGUUGGUUAAGAUUUGUAGGGAAGAGGGCGUUGACCAGGUUUUUGUUGAUGCUGCUCAUGGAAUUGGUUGUGUUGAUGUUGAUGUCAAGGAAAUUGGGGCUGAUUUCUACACUAGUAAUCUGCAUAAGUGGUUCUUUUGCCCUUCUUCCGUUGCGUUUCUGUAUUGUAAGAGGUCCAUGGAAAGUUGUGAUUUGCAUCAUCCGGUGGUGUCUCAUGCGUAUGGAAAUGGGUUGGCCCUAGAGAGUGCUUGGAUUGGGACCAGGGAUUAUAGUGCACAGUUGGUUGUUCCUAAGGCUUUGGAGUUUGUUAAUAGGUUUCAAGAUGGCAUUGAAGGGAUCAAGAAGAGGAAUCACCAAGCCGUUGUGGAGAUGGGAGAGAUGUUGGCCAUGGCAUGGGGAACCCAUCUUGGGUGCCCUCCAGAGAUGUGCUGUAGCAUGAUCAUGGUUGGGUUGCCUGCUUGCUUGGGGAUUUCAAACAAUGAAGAUACUUUGAAGCUGAGAACACAUCUGAGGGACAAGUUUGGUGUUGAAGUUCCCAUCUAUUAUAGAGAACCAAAGAAUGGGGAGGUUGGUCCAGUAACAGGUUAUGCCCGAAUAUGUUACCAAGUUUACAACAAACCUCAGGAUUAUUACAAGUUUAGGGACGUUAUUAAUGAACUUGUGCGUGAAGGCUUCACCUGUGAAUCUCUUCCUAAUUGAAGAGGCCAACAUUGUGAACUAGUAUUCUGUUGAAUAAGAGCCGAGGUAUUAUCACAUCAUGGCUGCCUGUGGUUGCUUCCCUACUAGUCAUGGUUUCGGUACCAUGCUAUUUCAAACAUGACCAGAGAGAAAUGGUUGGUUGUUUGAUGCGAGUUUUAUGAAUUAGGUAGUUGUCUGCUCUGCUUGGAUAAACCCAAAACUUUACUUAUCAUUGUAUAUAAUAUAUAUAUUGAUUUAAAAAUAACUCAAGCUUUGUAUGCUCCUGGAAAAAAAGGGCUGAAUUUGA